AUGGGUCGUCCUGAGAACACCCAUGAGGAUGUUGAAUCCAAAAGUGACCAGGAGUCGACGACUUGGCGUGAUUGGGCGAUAGUGAUAAGCUGGUGUGUACUGGGCUACUUGUGCAUUAUUUUGACUGUGAUUGGUUAUUUUAGCCCAUCAUAUUUGCCAAUUGAUCCCUCGGCUCUGUUGUUCAAUAAGGAAGUUUCCCCAUUCUUUGCCUUUUCGCGAGGAUCGGGAUAUUUCCCCAAGCCACAUGGUUUCAAAAUUGUUGCCUUAGUGCCUUUCAGGUACCACGAGCGUACCGAGAUUCUCGAUUGCUAUUUAAGGAAAAAUCUCGUUCAGAAUCACGGCUUCCUUGAUCAGGUCGUUUUUGUUCCUCAGACGCACGAUGCGAUUAGUCUGGAAUGGCUGAAAUCCACAGUGAUUGAAACUCCCGAGUAUGCUAUGGCCCCGCCUGGUCAGGACAUGGACUGGAAGAUUACUCGGGACAAUGUCAUGUACAUCCGCAUUGAUGGGGACGUCGUCUUUCUCGAAGACCACACCAUUCCUACAAUCGUGAAAACCAAGCUGGACAACCCCGAAGCACUGAUGGUUUCCGCUAAUGUUGUGAACGAGGCCGCUCUUGCAUCGCUACAUAGCCAUCCUGGUGUAGCUCUUCCGUACCUACCAGAGCUGCACCAUAUCGAGCAGUCUCAUCUUAGUCAAGCCUGGCGCGCCUCAAGCCUACCCGAAUGGCAAGGACCGGCAAGUUUCCGGGUUCAGAAGGGAUUUAAACCCCCAUUUGAAGGCCAUCGGUGGUUACUACCAACUGAACCAGGCUCUGAUCGAGAUCCUAUCGCGGCAUCGGUAUACACAGACAUUGGACCGACCAUGAAAGACUGGACUGUUGCUGCCCAGCAACAUUACUCGUUUCUUCAUCAUCUUGAACUGAAUACUCUGGAGCGGUACAAAUUUCCCAUGUGGGUCGAGCCCACUGAGCCGAUUAGCCAAAAUUUUGGAUGCUUCUGGGGAAGAGAUGCACGAACUCUCCGUGAGCUUUUUGAGUUCGACCCCACAGAUAACGAACUUCGUAACCCGUGGAUUGGGGCAAACGGUACUCGCCCACAUGUCAACAUUGACGGGAAAGGCCUGGCAUCACAUUACUCGGCCAGCUCAGGGGCUGCGGGUCUAGAUUCGACCGAUCUUCUAGACCGUUACCGAGCAUAUGCUCAGGAGAAAGUGUGUCGCUACAUAUCGUGA